AUGCGCCUCCGCGCCGCCGCCGCCGCCCUCUGCCUCUGCCUGCUGGGCGCCUGCCGCCUCCGCCGCGGGCCGCAGGCCGCCGCCGCUCCCCAGCGACCCCCGGCAGCCGCGCCUUCCUCCUCCUCCGCCUCCUCCUCCUCCUCCUCCUCCGCCGCCGCCGCCGCCUCCCCCUUCUCCUCCCCGCCGCGGAGGGACGGGGCGCUCCGUAACGGCACGGUGGUGCCGCACCGCUACAUGGUGACCCUCUAUCAGCGCCUGGCCGCCCGACGAGGCGCUGCCGCCCGCCCCGUCGGCACCGUCACCGGCUUCGUGGAGCGGCUGCGGGGCGAUGCCUCCCCUUCCGCCCCCGAGCAGCGCUACCUCUUUGACAUCUCCAGCCUGCCCGAGGCAGAGGAGGUGACGGGCGCAGAGCUGCGGGUCCUACGCUCCCUCCCUGCAAACCGCAGCCUGGCCCUGUCCCCCGAAGGCACCUUCCACCACCUGCUCCUCUCCACCUGCUCCGGUCGGGCCGACGAAGAGCCCAGGCUGCUGGACUCCAGAGCAGCCGAUGUUGUGGAUGCAGGCUCCAAAUGGGAGGUGUUUGACGUCUGGGAAGCGCUUCGAGACCGCAGGGAGAGGCCCCCAAAGGGCAAACUGCUGUGCUUCGUGCUGAGGGUGGUGUCGGAUCGCUCGGGCCGCCUCCUGCCCCCUCGGCAGCUGGGAUUCGGCAAACCCCAUCCGCAGCCCCUCGAGCGAGCGCUGCUCGUGGCCUUCUCCCGCACCCAGAGGAAGGAGAACCUCUUCAAGGAGAUCCGGGAGAGGAUGAAGGUGCUGGGCGGCCCUCCCUUGCUGGAGCCUCCUGAUCCCGGCCGGGAGGCGUACCCCAAACGGAGGAAGAGGAGGACCACCAUCGCUGCCCGCUCCGGGGGCAAAGGCCAUGGGAAGAAGGCGAAGACGCGCUGCAGCAGGAAGCCCCUACACGUCAACUUCAAGGAGCUGGGCUGGGACGACUGGAUCAUCGCCCCGUUGGAUUACGAGGCGUAUCACUGCGAGGGGGUCUGCGACUUCCCCCUGCGCUCCCACCUGGAGCCCACCAACCACGCCAUCAUCCAGACCCUGAUGAACUCCAUGGAUCCGGAAUCCACCCCCCCCAGCUGCUGCGUGCCCUCCAAGCUCAGCCCCAUCAGCAUCCUCUACAUAGACUCCGGGAACAACGUGGUGUACAAACAGUACGAGGACAUGGUGGUGGAGACGUGCGGCUGCAGGUAGCAAUUUCUGCGGCUCUUCCCCACCCCACCAUGCCCCAUUUUAUAUAUAAAUAUAUAUAUAAUAUAUAUAUAUACGUACACAUUUUGGUGUGUGCCUUUCCAAGAGCCCCCUGUCCCCAUGGGCUGCCCCGAAGGGAUGGGGAAACCCUCUCUGUUCCUUUCUCAAAGUUUUGGGGCUUUCUGCAUCGCCCUCGUGUUGGGGCGGUGGGAGCUUUUCUUUCUGCAUGUAAGGACACCUCUUCAGAGCAUCUGGGGAGAAGCAGAGUCCUGAGCUCCCCAGGGAUGAGCUGCUUUGCUUGGGUUCUUAUUUUUCCAAGUAAUUGCUAUAAAAAGGCCGGGCUCCAAUCCACCUCCCUUUGGCAGCAGCUCCGUUCCUCCCUGCCUGCCCUAAGGGAGCCCGCAUCCUCUGGGCAGAGACAUUUAACUUGCAAAGAGCAGAGCUGAGAGGGCUGCAUAUUGAUAGGAGAUGGGCUUAAAUUGUGCCUUGAACCCCAAGAAGCCUGGUAUCAAUUGUGGGAUGCUGCCAGGUGGCUUUCUUUACUGAGCUGCAGCUUUGUGGCUCUGCUUAGGUCAGGGAUGGGAUAGCUUUGGGUUUGAUGAUUUGGUUUUUGUUGGUGUCCAAGUUGUUGCCUUAUAAAUAUCAGUACUCAGCUAUGGAAGUUUGCUUUUGGGGAGAUCAAUUCCUGCUGGAAAAUGUUUAUUUUUUUUCUAUAGAGCUCCUCAUCCUCAGAGAUGUCUGAACAAAGGGCAGGCAGCCUCCCAGCCCCAGACCACUUCCUUGGGCAGAAGAGAGCACCCAGCUCUCACCCAAGCAGCCCCCGCUGAGACAGUAAGACAUCAGCAGGGCUCCCAUCCUGUGUAUCACUGCAGAGAGGUACUCUGUGGGACAAUCCCAGUGUCUCUCCGUCCUCAUCCCCAGGACUCCAGCAAACCUUAUCCAACAUCCCUAACAGCUGUUGUACCACACCCUUAGCACAAGCAUCAAUCAGAGUGGGGGGAUGCUGGCCCUGCACUGUUCCCAAGCCCAUCAAGCUUCCACAUACCUGGCUCUUCAAUCAGUGAUGGUCUCCAGGUAGCUUUCCUCACUGCUGAAACAUGUUUUCCUUUUUUUUUUUUUUCUCCUUUCCUCCAAAUAUUUGCUGUAGAGGUUUGUGGGCAGUUCAGUAUUUAUAUACACAUACAGUUCCUGACAGCCCCACAAGUGGCCCCAGGCCCCUUCUUGCAGGACACAGAACCAUGUCCACAUUUGUGCCCCAGAGAGCAAAAUUCUGGCUCGGUCACCGCAGGUUUGCAGCCUGGAUCAACUGCAGUAAGGGAAAAUGGGGAGGUCUGGGGAGAGCACCAGAGGCUGCAGCUGGCGGCAGUGCUGUCUGUGGAUUUGCCCAUUUGGGAAUUAAUUGCCACUCUCCCCAUAGGGCACCUCUGUUUUUUGGCAGAGAGCUCUUCUUUGGGCAGCCUGAUGUGGGUGGCAGUCCUGCCCAUGGCAGGAAGUUGGAAAUGAUCUGAAGUCCCCGUCCAACCUAUGCCUUUCUAUGACUCUGUGAUAGGUGAGGUUGGCUCCUGCCAGGGGAUGCUCUCUGGGGUAUCACUGCCAGGACCUAUAAAGGCAUUGAAACCACCCUGUGAAGAGGUAUUCCUGAUCCAUCUCCUCUUGCUUGAGCUGAUUGCUGAGCAGUAUAAAUAGGAGACGAGAGGCUGAAAGCAGACAAAGGUAGAUUCAGUGGACUCGGAACGAUUUGAAUGGAUAAUUGCAGGUUCCCAAUCUGCUGUAUUUAUACAGCCUUUCCAGGAAAAAAAGAGAGGGGAAAAAAAAAAAAAAAAAGAGAAAACAGAAACAGUUUCCAUGCAGAGUAUGUUCUCCUGGAGGAUUUGCCUGACCUUCUGCACCGUUUUUAUCUGCAGGAUGUAAUUACAGCAAAGCUAGAAAUAGCAAGCGUCUGGAAAGGGCCGUGUACCUGUGCUUGGUGCUCCCUCCCCUCCUGUGUGGGGCAGCAAUGACUUAGGCACAGGGAAAAGCUGCUGAGAUCCAAAAAGGCUUUGACAGCACUUAGCUGGGACUCAAGGUGCAUGGUCAGGCCAAGGCUGGUGCGUGGAACCUGUGUGUAACACCAGAGCCUGUGCUUCCAGCACCGCUUCACUGCGUCCUGGAGACCACAACCCACUGGGGUCCCGAAGCAGGGGCAGAUGGAGCGGCGAUGUCCUCCUGGGCUGUUUGCUGAUGCUUGGCACACCCGUGAGGAAAAGUCUGGCAACCCCAAGCUGCCUUCUGCUCAGAGCUGAGCGGCAGCCGCUUCUGCGUGCGUUCGCACCAUAUGGAUUUUAGCUCACAUCUUGCUCGUGUGGCUCUCGCUGCUGGGGAGAGCAGGGAAAGGCCAGCAGUGAUUUAUUGGUCACACUCCCUUUGCAAAGCAAGCAGCCACUUCUGCUGCUGGCAGCCUCAGGGCUCUCUCCCACAAACCCUGAAGUGUGUGUUUAGUGGUGGUCACCCUGCCAGCUCCCCCAGAACCGCAGGCACGGGGAGCUCUCUGCCCCUCCUGUCCUUAGUGGGUCUCUGCUGAACCACGUUGGUGCAUCUACUAUGUUGUACCAGCCAUAAGCUAGUUUAUCUUUUCCAUGACAAAACCAGCUGCAGUCAGCCUCUGAAGCUCCUUGUUCCUUUAGUGCCUUGCUGCAUACAUGAGAAUGCACAGCACUCUCUGGUAUUCAUACUGUAUCAGCAGUUGUCCUGGAUGUUCAAUAAAUUAUCAAAAUCUGGAACUCCUGCUGGUGGAGGAGGACCAACAAAGAGCCUAUCCUUCAUCUCUGAGGAUGUUUUACAGCCUCAGGAUAUUUAGGUUGUGCUGCUGCUCUCCCUUCUGCUGGCACCACUAUUAGAGCAGUCCUGAAUUUGCUGUGCUGUAAGGAGCCUGGGGGAAGGCAUGGGCAGGGUGAUGUACUCGUGUUCAGCUUCUGGCUGAGGUUGCCCAGAGAGGUGGUGGAUGCCCCAUCCCUGGAGACACUCAAGGUCAGGCUGGACAGGGCUCUGAGCACCUGAUCAAGCUGUAGGUGUCUCUGUUCAUUGCAGGGGAGUUGGACUAGAUGGCCUUGAGGGUUCAUUCUGACUCAAAUAAGGAGCACUGAGAUUUGUGGUGGCUGGGAAAUGGAGAACGAGUGAGGAGAGGAAUCAUAUCAUAUUGUAGAAUGGCUUAGGUUGAGGGACAACUUAAAGCCCAUCCAGUUACACUGAUGUGGGCUGAUUGUGCCCCACCAGAUCAGGCCGCCCAGGGCCCCAUCCAACCUGAUCUUGAACACCUCCAGAGAGCAUUCAUAGCUUCUCUGGGCAGCCUGUUUCUGAAGGCUGAGGCCUACCAGCAUGAGUUGCAGACAUGGAGCCACCAGGCUAUGGGUCUGGCUGGGCUCAUGGUGGAGAGAGUAGAGUUCCUGCUCACACAUUCAAAUGUUUUCCCAAUAGCAGAUGGAAGCAUUUGGGUCUUCUCACUGCUAUGCUGUGUUAUGAACCUCCACUGAGGUUCUCCAUUAGCAGAGCAAUAAUGGAAAUAUGGAGCUGGUUAGGGCCUGGCCACUCUGGGUGCUGUGGAAUUGGCUUUGAUCUUGGCUAUGGGGAGAGAUGGCUGUGUUCUCUGUAGUGCUGUUCCACAUAGAAACUUUUCUGCUCCCACAGCCCUACCUUGAAGAAUCAUUAUGGUUGGAAAAGAUCUUUAAGAUCAACUAGUCCAACUGUUCACCUACCAUCAAUAUUGCCCAAUAACCACAUCCCUGAGAAGAGAGAGGAGGGGAGCAGGAGGAAAAGACCAAGAGCCCCAGCUGAGGGCUGAGAACUCACACUGGCUGGGCUGGGAGCUGUGAGGUGUUAGAGAACUUCCAUGGGGCAAGAGAAGGGAUGGCACCAGGCUCUGGUCAUUGAGGAGGCGCUGAAGAGACGUGGUCCAGUUGGCUGUGAUCAACUGAGAGUGGGGCACCUUCUUUGGGCAGGGAAAGGUGAUCAUGCAGGUUUAAUUCACCCCAUGUGCUGUGAGUAGGUUAACCUGUAGGAUUAAAUAGUGCAUAAAAGAAAGAUCUGAGCAUCUGAAGUGCCGUACCUUUGUAAAUCAAGCUCUUGGCCCUGUGGUUUGGGGGCUGACUCCAAAGGCCUUUCAGUGCAUGGAAGAGCUGCUCUGUUUGUGGUGCUCCCCAGCUUAGAUGCAGCCUGGGGCAAUGUCAGUCCUUGUUUAUCCAGUCUGCUAAACUAGCACCUAUCCUACCCUUGCCUGUUCUUUUUCUGAAGUGAAGACUAUCUGGAGCUCUUUUUAUGACAAAAUGAGCCUCUCUGCUGGUCAGUCAUGGUUUUAUUUAUGUCUUAUUUUCUUUGGUUAGAAAGGAAAAUAUCAGUAAAAUGAAAAAGGACUCAAGUUUCCAAUAGCUAUAUCUGUAGUAGUUAAUUUUUUUGAAGCAAUACUUGUAUCCCUGUGUGUGCCUCUAACCUUUCCAUGUAUUUGUUCAGCUUUGUCAGGUCUGAGUGUGAAAUAUCUCUGAGAAGAUAGCUCUGUAAGUGAUGGUGUAAAUGCAUUGUUUGUAUGUAUUCUAAAGUUUAAAUGGAUUGUACAUAUUGGAUUGUAAAUGAACUGUAAACAGCAAUCUAUAUUUUCUUGAAUAUAUUAUA